AUGCGCAGGAGGUUCCCGUCCGUGGCGAAGGAUGGGGGCACGGGGUGGGACGCGGGGUGGGACAUGGACCUCCAUCAGGCGGUGGUGUGUGGCGACGCAGAAGGCGUGAGACGGGCGGCUUCGCGUGCGGACGUCGACGUGAAUCGGAGGUUCAGAGGCAUGACGGCCCUCUCCCUCGCCGUCUUCAACGGAGACUCCGACAUCGUCAAGGUGCUGGUCAAGUUCGGAGCAGAUGUCAACGAGAAGAGCAAAGACAGGAGCGAGAGAAUCGAAUCCCCUCUCUUGUCGGCAUGCAGGCUCAGUUACGCCGACAUCGUCAAGGUGCUGCUUAAAUCCGGGGCGGAUGCGAACCAGACGGACUUCUACAACCAGAGCGCCCUGUGGGUGGCAACGAAGGAGUCGAGACUGGACCUGGUGAAGUUGCUCGUGGAACACGGCGCUAAAUUGGACAUCGCCCAGCGCUGGUGCGAAUGCCCCGUCUACCUGUGCGCCAAGUAUUUGAACCAUCGGAAUCGGGGCGAGAUCCUGCGAUACCUGGUGUCCUGCGGCGCCCGAGCGGACAUGAGCGACUACCAGGGGCGAAAUUCCUUAUUCUGGGCACUGGCACACGAGGACGCGGACGCGGUGAGAUUCAUCGUCACCAGCGGUGGCUUCAAGAUGGAGGCGUGGCCGUGGCUGGAGCCGAGCUCCAUCCCCAGGGAACUCUCUUCCGAUCCGACUUUCAUGGUCUGGCUGGAGGGGGUGAAGGAAUCGCCUCCACCCCUGCAGGAACGAUGUCGGACCGUGAUCAGGGCCCGGUUAUCCGAAUUGACUUCCGGUACCACGAUCCGAUCCCGGAUUCGGUGCUUGCCUCUGCCGCCGCGAUUGAGGCUCUAUCUCUUGUUGAACGUUGAAUGAAAAUAAUAAACAUUCUCG